GCGCAGCCAGACCUCGCCGGGAAUGCGGAGCAGCGUGCCCACCCGCCAGACCAGAGCCCUUUUGGUCAGAAGUGUCUGCAAGACCUCACAGAAGGGCACCCCUGGGCUCGCCUUACCUGCCCCCUGCUCCUCCAGAGAUGGAGGCGAUGGCGGCCAGCACUUCCCUGACUGACCCUGGCGACUUUGACCGGAAUGUGCCUCGAAUCUGUGGGGUGUGCGGAGACCGAGCCACAGGCUUUCACUUCAACGCUAUGACCUGUGAAGGCUGCAAAGGCUUCUUCAGACGCAGCAUGAAGCGGAAGGCGCUGUUCACCUGUCCCUUCAAUGGGGACUGCCGCAUCACCAAGGACAACCGCCGCCACUGCCAGGCCUGCCGGCUCAAGCGCUGUGUGGACAUCGGCAUGAUGAAGGAGUUCAUCCUGACCGAUGAGGAGGUGCAGCGGAAGCGGGAGAUGAUUCUGAAGAGGAAGGAGGAGGAGGCCUUGAAGGACAGCCUGCGGCCCAGGCUGUCGGAGGAGCAGCAGCGCAUCAUCACCAUCCUGCUGGAUGCCCACCACAAGACCUACGACCCCACCUAUGCCGACUUCAGCCAGUUCCGGCCUCCGGUUCGAGAACCUGAGGGUGGAAGCAGCAAUGUGUCAGGGCCAUCCUUGAGACACAUGCCCAGCUUCUCUGGGGACUCAUCCUCCUCCUGCUCAGAUCAGUACACCUGCUCCCCAGACCUGAUGGAGCAGGCCAACUUCUCCAACCUGGAUCUGAGCGUAGGAAACUCAGAUAACUCUUCUGUGACCCUAGACCUGUCCCAGCUCUCCAUGCUGCCCCACCUGGCCGACCUGGUCAGUUACAGCAUCCAAAAGGUCAUUGGCUUUGCCAAGAUGAUCCCGGGAUUCAGAGAUCUGACCGCUGAGGACCAGAUUGUGCUGCUGAAGUCAAGUGCCAUCGAAGUCAUCAUGUUACGCUCCAAUCAGUCCUUCACCAUGGACGACAUGUCCUGGACCUGUGGGACCGAUGACUACAAGUACCGCAUCAGUGAUGUGGCCAAAGCUGGACACAGCCUGGAACUGAUUGAGCCACUCAUCAAGUUCCAGGUCGGUUUAAAGAAACUAAACUUGCAUGAGGAAGAGCAUGUCCUGCUCAUGGCCAUCUGCAUUGUCUCCCCAGACCGCCCCGGAGUGCAGGAUGCUGCGCUGAUCGAGGCCAUCCAGGACCGCCUGUCCAACACACUGCAGACCUAUAUCCGCUGCCGCCACCCACCCCCAGGCAGCCACCAGCUCUAUGCCAAGAUGAUUCAGAAGCUGGCUGACCUGCGUAGCCUCAACGAGGAGCACUCCAAGCAGUACCGCUGCCUCUCCUUCCAGCCCGAGUGCAGCAUGAAGCUCACACCUCUCGUGCUGGAGGUGUUUGGCAAUGAGAUCUCCUGACUCCAGCACCCUGUGGUGGCGCCUGGGGGGGCUGCUCCUCUAGGGCUUCGUGACCGGGCCUGGGGAUGACUGCCCUUCCCACCCACUCCCAAGUAUAGCCCCUCCUCUCCCACCUUUUCUCCCUGCCCAACCUAACACCGGGUCCCCGAUAUCUAUAGGCCACAGGCUGACCCCAGUCCCUUACGACCUCAAUUAUGAGGAGUUGCUGUUUAUUCGACAGAGAGACUCAAGUCGGGGCAGAGGGCAAAGGCUGAAGGCAGGACCUCACCUGGGGAUGCCCCCACCAUUCCAGAAGUGGCUGCUGGCUGGUGCCCAGGGUUACGAAAGGAAAAACAGGCGGGCAGGAAAAACACACCCAUUCCUCAGGGACAGAUACCCAUACCUCCCCCCGAUUCAGGUCCACAGGUCCAGAGCCUAGUGGGGAUCUCCCUCCCCUGCACCACCAUGAUAAAGAACUGGCCACAACCCCCACUUUAUCCCCACCUCAUCCUGCCACCAGGCUGUGCUGCUCUGUCUCAGGGCAGCAUGCCAUGAUGGGGCCUUCUCCCUCUGUCUUCCCAUCCCUGGCCUGUCUAGGAUACUCACUGCCAAGAAGGACCAAAACCAGGGUGACUAAGGUCACAACUCCCCCCCACCCUCACCCAUCUCUGCUGGCCAAAGUACACUUGCCUUUCCCUCAGAGCCCACUUUCAUCCCAUCACCAUGGUAACAUUCUCCUAGGAAGUAGCUAUGGUGAGGGAGCUUUCUCCCCAUGGCUGGGCCACUGGCCCAAAACCCACCUGCCGAGAGAGCCAAGGAGGGAAGAAAGCAGGGCCCAGGUGGUGGGACACAGGCAAACCCUGCCUCACAGAAGAGUCGUGGAUGGUGGCCACAGCUGUCCCUGUCACCAGCCCCCUGGCUCCUCAGCCUGGAUCUAAGAGGUUCGUUGAGGCAGGAGCUCUCCUUGCAACAAUCCACGUGGCAGGACUGAGUUGCCCCUAGGUUGCAGGGAAGCACCAAGCACCGUCCUCACCCUCCCUGCCAGUGCCUUACCUCCCACCCCAGAGAGAGAACCCGCUGCAAGCUCCCAGGCCCUCCCACUGUGGGACCUCACCCUAGGAUGGCCAAGGAUGACCCAAAGAUCUCCGCACUCUCCCAACCACCCCAUAGCCUAGAGAAGCAGUGCCCGCUCUGUUACCAGUGGGGGCCAUAUCUUUUCCACCUGGUGGGUGGGAUGGAGGUGAAGACCUUCCAGACCCCAACAGCCUAAGUCACACGCUCCCUGCCCACCUAGCUGUAGUUCUCAGGUGGCCAUUCCCCCAGGAGACCCAGUUGCUGUGCUCUGAGACCUCAGGGUGUGGAGAAUGGGCUGGCCUCAGCCGGGAGAAUGGGCUGGCCUCUGUGCCUAGUCGGAGAGCAUUUAGGGGUGGAGUUGUGUGGGGCUGGUUCCCCUCUUAUUCUUGCUCCACCACCCCAAAGUCAUAAGGAGCCUGGCGGGCAGGGUGGGGGUGGGGUACAUAACUUCAAACUUCGUGUUCUUCGUAGCCAGCCCAGCCCAGGAGGUGGGAACUCUAGGCCCAUUUACUCUGGGGUGGGGUUCCUCAGUGUAGGCGUGUGGGACCAACAUAAAGGGUUCUCGCAGGAGCCCCAGAAGGUCCUUCAGAUAGUCUCUUGAGUUUGGUGGACACAGCCAUAUUCGAUGUCUCAAUAUGGAGGAGUUCGUAUCAGUACGAUACCUUCCCACCUGCAUCUGUGUCCCCUGAAAAUGCUGGGAGCAACCCGACUUACCACAGCCAGAGCCGUCAGUGCCCAGUGUUUCCUCAGAUGGGAAACAUCUGGCAGCCACAUUCCUCGUUGCAGAAUACCAUCCUUAUGGCCGAAUCUUGUGCUUAUUAGAUGUGAGUUGUUUUUGGAAUCUGUCUCCAUUUCGUACUACACUCUAAUAUAGCGGGUAGUAGGCACCACUGAUUAAGAGAUAUUUAUGGGGGGAGAACUUAUAUUGUGAAAAUGCUAUACAGUAAUUAUUGUUGUUAUUGUUGUUGUUUUGUAAAUUUGGGGGAGACCCUUGUUAUUUGAUUUUUAGCUGCCAAACACAUUGGUCCAGCUUGCUGUUCAGUGGGAGAAAAAGUUUGAAAGUCGCUAAGGUCAUUUAGCCUCCUCAUUAAAGAAAACUGCCGCUUGGAGGAGGGCGUGGACUCACCCCAACUCAUAUAACUAGUUAGAAGUAGCGCCAAGACUGGACCCCGACUUUGGGCUUAAGGUCCAGUGCUCUUUUCACUACACCACGCUUUAGCUCAGACCCCAUUGCUCAUCCCCCCAGUGGCCAACCCAAUCCUUUGGGGGAAGUGCUGGAUUUUAGACAGAGCAAGUCUAGAUCCCAAACCCCUGCCUCCCUUCCCUGAGUUGUCACCCCACUGACCCCUCAGGAGGUGAGGGACAGCUCAGUCUGUGUCUCACUGUGAAUCAGAACCCCCACCCCCAAUGUGGCCCUGGCCAGAUGGGGUCUCUGCCUCAUCCCUUCUAAUGCUGUUGCCUUAUCAAUAAAGUGCAUUUGUCUUUGUGAUGUCUCCACCUUCCCAGCUCUCCCCCUGGUCCUGCUUCCUCCAGGGGCCCAACUGGACAUGGAGAACAACAGCUCCUCAGUCCUGGGCCCCACAACAACCCACCCCACUCCCAAAGGGAAUUCUGGGAGCUGAGAUGGAAAAAAAAAAAAAGGAAAAGUGAAGUUUCACGGGGCUGAAUUGGAAGGAAAUGUGAUGAUCAUCUAAUGAGAGAAGGUGAAGGCAGGUGUUCAUAAAUCAAAAACUUUUAAAGUACAUUAUUGGAAACUCUAGAAAGUGUGUGCCCCAAAAUGCCAACUAGACAAGAUUCCAGGAGGAGCUCCUUCUGCUGCCUAACUGGGAAAAGUGGGAGAAUCCAAGUAAGGCGAACAGAGAAGACUGGGGUGUACGACAGACUUGGUGAAAGCUGGGAAUGAAGCGGCAAAAGCAGGCUUUAUUUAGUUAGUUAACCCUCACUCGAGGUUAUUUUCCCAUUGAUUUUUAGGGGGAGUGGAAGAGAGAGGGAAAGAAAGAAAGAAAUAUCCACGUGAGAGAAACGCAUCAAUUGGUUGCCUCCUGUACAAGCCCUGACCAGGGCCCUAGGCCAGGGAGGAGCCUGCAACCGGGGUUCGUGCUCUUAACCAGAAUGGAACCCGGGACCCUUCAGUCCAUAGGCAGAUGCUCUAUCCACUGAGCCAAACCGGCUAGGGCCAAAAGCAGGCUUUAAAGAAAACCUCUUGAGUUAUUUCCAGAGAGAAAAACAAAACAAAAAACGUUUGCCAGAAAUAA